AUGUCUAUAACCAAGAGGACUCUCUUUCUUAAAGCAUCAUACGAAGGCCUCUUUACUGAACAUGAGCUAUCCUGCUUGGCUACUGGCGAAAGCCCUUAUUUAUUCGAAAGUGCUGCCGUGGAUGAGACAGCCCAGCACAAGAUAGCAUCCCGUCAAAAGUUUCCCGAUCUCGAAAUUGCAUUCAAGAGGCCUCGAGGAAAAGCCAUACAGACAGUUAUUUUUGAGGUGGGAGUCACGGAAGGUUAUCAGGAUCUUGUUAGCGACGCAAAGCAGUGGCUUCUGAAAGCAUGUCAUGAAGUAAACCUUGUGGUUAUUAUCGAUAUCAAAGAGGACAUCCGUGCUCGCAAGCGUACUCGGGAAUCGGCGGAGUCGAAAAAAAGAAUACGUGAGUUAGUCGCAAAAUAUGGAAAUGGGCAGGCGCAGAACAAACACAACAUGGACAGCGAAGAUGGCCUUGAGGGCUCGGAGACUCACACAAUUUCGGAGAAUGGGGAGCGCGAUGGAACAUAUGAACAGAUACAAUCCGAAAUAGAUAUUGAGGAUUGGGUUGGACCGCAUACAGUGAAUCUUGAGAUGUGGGAACGCGCCGGCCGAACUGCUCAGAAACGCGGACAAACCUUUCAAGUCCUCCCCAGACCUUCCUAUCGCGUACGACCAACUAUACCUAUCACGGAUAUUAUGCCCAAGGAUGAACAAGCCAGAAUGAAAAAUUUCGAUGAUUCACGCGGGCUUGAAUUAGAUAUGAACAAGUUUCGAGAAUGGUUACGAGAUGCAAGACGUGAGCUUGCACUUGCGAGAGCAACAAACUACAUCCGUCCAAAGGAACGAGUUACUGAUGAAGAGUUUGUGGCUUAA